ACGUCGUCCGUAUCUGUGUCGGAGCAUAAAACCAAACAAGAGCUUAAAAACCUUAGUUACAUAUCGUGUUUCUUUUUCUCAUUCAAAAUGGCGUCAAAGCAACAAAGCCGAGAAGAGCUUGAUGAGAAGGCCAGGCAAGGAGAGACCGUCGUCCCAGGUGGCACCGGUGGCAAAAGUGUCGAAGCUCAAGAGCGUCUAGCUGAAGGAAGGAGCAAGGGAGGGCAGACGAGGAAGGAGCAGCUGGGGCACGAGGGUUAUCAGGAGAUUGGACACAAAGGAGGAGAGACGAGGAAGGAGCAGCUGGGGCACGAGGGUUAUCAGGAGAUGGGACACAAAGGAGGAGAGACGAGGAAGGAGCAGCUGGGGCACGAAGGUUAUCAGGAGAUGGGACACAAGGGAGGAGAGACGAGGAAGGAGCAGCUGGGGCACGAGGGUUACAAGGAGAUGGGACACAAGGGAGGAGAGACUAGGAAGGAGCAGCUGGGGCACGAGGGUUACAAGGAGAUGGGACGUAAAGGAGGACUCAGUACCAUGGACAAGUCUGGUGGAGAGCGUGCGGAGGAAGAAGGGAUUGAAAUCGAUGAGUCCAAGUUCACCAACAAGUGAUACUAGCUUGCAAACUAUCUACUAGUGUCCGCUGCAACGUUUUGUAUUAUAUAGUCUGAAUAAGUAGCCUCUAGGUUCCGUAAGUUGCAGCGAGGUCUUUUGUUGUUUUAAUCUAGGGUUAAUGUAGCGUCCCUAGCUAGUCUUAUUUUCAUGUGUCAUAUAACUACGCAUGGCUUGUACUAACGGCAGUGUUGUACCGCUCUGGAAGUUUUUUGAAGUUUUGGUGAGGGUACAAUCAAAUAAUAUAUAUGUCUUGA